AGUUUACUAACUCUUGCAACUAUGACGGGACGAGGAAAAUCUGGUAAAAGCCGUAGCAAAGCCAAAAGCCGAUCAUCUCGAGCUGGACUUCAGUUUCCAGUUGGCAGAGUUCACCGUCUUCUCCGCAAGGGCAACUACGCUCCACGAAUUGGUUCUGGCGCUCCGGUUUAUAUGGCCGCAGUUCUUGAGUAUUUGUCCGCAGAAAUCCUUGAGCUUGCCGGUAACGCUGCACGGGACAACAAGAAGACGAGAAUCAUUCCGAGGCAUCUCCAACUUGCCGUCAGGAAUGAUGAAGAGCUGAAUAAGUUGCUUGGUGGAGUCACCAUCGCUCAGGGCGGCGUACUUCCAAACAUCCAGGCUGUUCUUCUUCCGAAGAAAUCCGAAAAGAGGAGCAAACAGUGAAGUGCGGCAACGAGUUAAAACAAA